GUCAACUCAUUUACACGUUCUAUUUCAUCCCUCGUUUGGCACUUAAGAGUUAACUGGACCAAUUUGAAAAAUUCAGCUGCAAGAUUUUUGCUGGGUUUGCGAAUCAAGUGAAAGUUGUUGGUUACAUUGUCGACGUAGGUUUGCCAACCGAAACGUGGUUACUGAAUUGAUAUGAUUCCCAAAGUUGCUAUAUUCACCGGCAAGAACAGCAUCCGUUCAACGGUUUUGAUAGUAGCCGUCGUUGCAGUACUGGUUGUCCGAACGAAUGCAGCCCAGGACACAAUCAGCAAUAAUGAAUCGCAACUAGACGGGAAGAUCAUCAAUCAAGGUCCGGCGCACACGGCAAACGUACAACGUUCCGGAAUAGUAGAUACCAUUUUUAACAUUCCGAUACAAACCUUGAAGGCUGUGAAUGAAUUGGUGCAGAGUAUCGCCGGUAAUCUCCAAGCAGCGGGCGCCGGAAGCUUCUUUAGCAACAAAAAUAGAAACACAAACGUCAACCCUGAUGAUGACAAGCCCAAAACAGAUGUCUAAAUGUUGAGCCCUUCAAGGAUGAUGCUUUGAACACUUACGAGUGAUUAAUAUGUUUAGAGCUUGUUAAAGUAUUAGCUGUGAUGUGUACUCUAGGUGAUCAUGAAUAAAGUCCAGAUUAUUUCUUUGACAAUCAUGACAAUAUCAACUGGUAUAAAUUUAGAAUCGAUUUUUUUUGUUGAAACAACUAGAGUAAGAAGAGUUGUUUUUUUUCGUACAUAUCUAUCAAUACACAUAUAUCCCGUGUAUU